CCUGGUUAAUACAUAAUUGGCUCCCACCCAAUUUUUAUUAAUCAGAGUUUUCAAGCUGGCUAUGUUAAAUAGAUAUAGUCUACUGCAUAGUUGUUAAGUGAUGUUUUCCAAAGAACUUAAUGCUCUAUUUUUAAUUAAAUCUGGGGGCAGGUCCUUGGGUUGUUAAGAAUAGUAGGGUCUAGAGUUAGGGCAGCUACACAAAGACAGAGCCGAGUUCAACCUGUCCAACUCCUUCCAUCAAAUUUCGUCUGCUCAUGUGAUCUGAUAAAACCUAGUUUUCUAUCCUUCUCUGUUGAAAAGAGGAUCCUCUGUACUUGCUGUCAUUUCCCAUAAAUUGUUGUUAUAGAAUUGCUCCCUAUAUACUUGCUGUCAUUUCCUAGAGUAUACUUCCAUUUUUAGCUUAUAAUUGCGAGGAAAUUACCAACAUAUGUAGAAAAGAAAAAAAUCAUUCCUGGCAGUGUAAGUCAGAAGUUUUUUUCCUGUCAGUGCACUACGGAUUUGGCUAAUCCAUUUCUACUCGAAAAUUUUUAUCAAACGGAGUAGCGUAAUCCGUUCAGCUUAUUUUAAAAAAAAAUUAAACCCCGAAACUCCGUUUGGUUACUUUAAUUUCUCUUUGCCUAAUCCGAUGAGGCAGAGGUUAGCCUAUGGGAAGGGUAAGGAAGAAGGCAGGUGGGUAAGGUAGGCGACUCGCUCUCUCCUCGACGCUUGCUCUCUUCCCUGGCGGCCCUCUCUUCUCCCGCGGCUCGCUCUCUUCUCUCCCUGUUGGCGGCCCUCUUAGGCUCUAGGCACCGCCGGCCACUAGGGCAAAUAGGAUUAGGCUAAUCCGUUUCAUGGAGCAAAUGGAUGUUCACCCGGGACCUAUUUCACGAGACGUUUUAGUUCUUGAAGGCGGAGUACAUAGGUGUGAUGCAGUAUGGGCGGACGAAGAUUAUGCCAAAAAGAGUCUAAAGUGUCAUAGGACUUGUUCUAGUAUAUAUCCGAGGACUCUUGUUGCUAAUAGACCACCUCGUGUCAUAGAGAUCUUACGGGAUUAUGGAUUUUAUGGGGUGGAAAAGGUAGGUGGAUUACAGUUAGAUUGGGCUCUGAUUACUUCUUUAGUGGAGAGAUGGAGACCCGAGACCCAUUCAUUCCAUCUCCCCUUUGGAGAGGUGGGAAUUACGCUACAAGAUGUUGAAGUUUUACUAGGAUUGCUCGUUGAGAUGCGAGGUAUUUCAAUUUAAAGUGCUAUUUCAAUUUACAUAUAAAGGAACGAGAUGCGAGGUAUUUACACAAACAGGGAAAUGACCCUAUAAUUGCUCUUUAUAUAGUUUUGAUUUUAUAAUAGUAAUGCAUUGUGAAAAGCGACAAAUGAUAUUCCUUUCUUCCCAAAUUAAUCCUCCUAGUUUAAUUUUCUACAGAAUUUAAGAAACAUGAAAUUAUAUAGUUAAAACUAAUACAAAGAAAAGAAAAAAAUGAGUAACAAAAAGCAUUCCAUAAAAAAAGAUGAAGAUUAAAUUAAGAUAGCUAAAAAGAAAUAAGAAGUGUUUCU